CUUGUCUAAUGGAGCACAUCUUUCUCUCUUGUUCUUGUAUUGCUUGUAGCUGGAAUCAGAUUUUAGAUUUGUUUCUAUUGUUGCAUUCAGUUCAGGUGACCCCCUCACGAGCUGAUUAGUUCUUUGUUGUUUAAAAAGGACAGUGCAAUACUUUAUUAAUUGUGUCCUUUUGUCACAAUAUUUUCAUUUUUUCCUCUUUUCCAGCAUAUUGAGUUAUUUUAAACCCUCCACUUUCCUCUUUGCAGCCUCUGACUAACUGAGAGAAUGAUCUGUUUCCUUAGGGCUGUGCAAUAACAGUCUUAUGACUGGCUAAUUGUAAUGUUUUGUACUAAGAGAGGCUGUGUUCAGAUGACCUCCAGGCAUCUGCUGAGGUUAUGGACUAUAAAAAGCUAAAUACCACCAGCAGAACAGCUCAGCUGCAAACAAACCAGUAUUUCAUGUGUGCCUGCAGUUGUAAGGGAGGACUGAGCUGCACGGAGGUUCCAAGUUAAGAGCGCUUCUCGAUGCUAAAACCCCAUCUUCCAGGUAUCUUCUCUCUGUCUGGAGACCAGGGAAGCUCUUAGCUGGGGAAUUGGAAGUGAUUUGUUGUACCAGUUUUAAAGAUUAGAUUUUUAGGCUUCGAAAUGAGUAAGUUUAAUGGCGAGCUGACGCAGAGGGAGCAGGAGAUGCUGAGAAUCCGCCGGGACAGCGACACCAAGGCUACUGAACUGGCUAAGAUGGAGAAGAUGCUGCAGCAAACAAAGAACAUGCUGGAGAAGAAGACAGAUUCCAGUGUGGAGAGCAAGGGUUACCAGGAGAACAUGGUGGAGGACCUGGAGGAGAGGGUGCGCAACACCAGGCGGUACAGGAGAAACUCACUCCACCACACACAGAUGCUGGAGAGCCAGAUGAAGACGGUGAAAGGCGAGCUGGUGGGCACGUUGGACCAUCUCCAGGAGCUGAGGAACGUGCUGCGCCGUUCACAGCAGAAAGCAGAAGAGCGCAAAGCGGCCAUGGAGAAGCUGGCGGCGGGUCUCAGGUGAACAACCUCCUCUAGAGUCAGCUUUUCACCAUUUCUCGCUCCAACACCAAUCAAAAUGUUCAUCUUCACGCAAGGCUGAGCAUAAGAGCCCAUCUAUUUCCACGCCCAGCUGUACACCAACACAACUGAAGAAGAUGAGACUUAAGCUGCUUUCACUGUUUACAUUAUAUGCAAAUGUUCCCAUGGUCCCACACAGCAAUCACCCCUGUUUAUUUCUAUAAAAUAGAUAGAGCUAUGUGUGAUAAACAACAAUUUACUAGUCACUUAAAGUGUUGAAAAUCUAGUGUUCCCCAAUGUGAUGUCCUAGAUUUGUACCAUAGCCAGGUUCUGUUGCCUGGUCUGUUCCCUGAAGACAAAGAAGUGUGUUGUGGCAGAGAUGCGAUCAGAACCCAUUUAGUCUAGCCUGUUUCCCACUGUGUCACAUGCUGUGAAGAGAUUUCCUCCAGAAACUCUGACUUCAUCAUGACAAUCAUGCUGUAUGAACGGUUUGUAAUCCUGACGGAACGAUCCUUCCUCAGUUAUUGUCUCAGCAUGCUCAUAACAAAAACCGUUGCCCUACAAGGGAUUGGAGAUUGUUUUAUAGGUUUGUGCUGAAAAAGCCCGUGUAAUAAAGCAGCAGAGAUCCACCUUAUCUAUAUUGAUUUAUUAUUUGAAAUGAGAAAAAGACAGCUGAUUAGAGGCAAAUUGUGUUUGAGAGAACUUGAUGAGGCUUAUCUAUGGAGGCAUGGUGGAUGUUCUCCCCUGAUGUUCCCACAGAGGGCGCUAGAGACUUCUCAGAAAUCCGCCUGGAAGAGAAAAGCAGAGGAACCUUUUCACUGUUCCUUUGUAUGAACCUAGAUAUAAAGAAAUCAUGUGUUUAGAAGAAUGUUUGUGUUUGCAGGUUAUCAGAGGAAAGCCUUUUCCCCCACUUUUACAUCUCAUAUAAAUGCGGAUCAAGUGGAAAACAACAACUGUUCAGGGUCCUGUGUCAUAUUGUGGGAAAACUUUUGGCCAAUCUGUCUGUAUGAUGUGAUUGAAUUUGACUCUGUAAAGUGCCUUGAGAUGACAUGUGUUGUGAAUUGGAGCUAUAUGAAUAAAACUGAGUUGAAUUAAUUUGGAUUGAGUCAUGUUGCAGUCACAGACUUCAAUGCAUUUUAUUGGAAUAUUAUGUUACCGAAGCAACACAAAGCAAUAAAUGAUAUUGAAAGAAGGAUUUUUCCCCCAGCCAAAUAAUAUAUAUUUUUAAUCAAAAUCUGAAAUAAAUUUGUGUCUUGCAUUUACAUCCA